UUAAAAUGAUUGCUAAAACUGAGGACAAAGUAAUAGAAGUUCUAGAAUUCGUACUAGACAUCAUCCAAAUGUAUGAUGGAAAAUACCACAAGAAGAGAUACCUACUGGAACAACAGAGCAGGAAGACAGGCAAAAAGCCUGCCUUUGGAGAUCGAUUGGAAUACAUUACUGAUGAUUUUAAUUGCAUUUUUAGGAGGUAUACUAGUAAUGCCUAUAAAUACGUUGAAGACAGUAAUGUCGUUGACGUCAUUAAGGACCAAUGUAUUGAGCUUUAUGAUGAAGCUUGAAAUUUCUCAAAGUGUAUCUACACCGACCUUCUUGUUCCUCUUGGAAAAGGUAUGGUGCUAGUCUACUCCUCUACAGGGUCAAAAAUGUCGUUACUAUGAACAAGGGUAGAGUUCACUUGGAUUCUUGAAAAACUCUCCAAGUGCUUUGCGAAUACAAAGCUGUUCCUCACUAACCAAUGGAUGCGUUUAGAUUUUGAUUGUGAUGAAUCUGUAUCCAUAAGUGACCUUAUCAACUCUCUUUCCUUUUCAAUGGCAUUUAUGAAGGAAAUCUGCCCUGAAAGUCUCCAGCAGUCCAAGGUUUCCAGCAUAAAAGCACCAGAAAAAGAAGAGGGUUUGGAUUAAAAUUUUAGUAAUUAGGCCAAUAUC